UCGACCGGAAUAUCAGAUUAUCUCAGUCUCAUGACAGCUUCAAUCUUUGGUGCUGAAGAAUUAGUACAGAAAUACACGGCCGAUCAUGAUGAUUAUAUGGUUAUUAUGACUAAAGCGAUUGCCGAUAGAUUUGCAGAAGCGUUUGCAGAGUGUCUGCACGAAGAUAUUCGACGAGAAUUGUGGGGAUACGCAAAGGAUGAGAAGUUAUCUGUUGAAGAAAUAUUAGCGGUAAAAUAUCAAGGUAUUAGACCAGCACCAGCAUAUCCUUCGCAGCCUGAUCAUCGAGAGAAGACGACUAUGUGGGAACUGAUGGAUAUUAAACAAGAAAUCGGUGUCGAGCUGACCGAGAAUUUGGCAAUGUGGCCAGCUGCUAGCGUGUCUGCGUUGGUAUUUGCGCAUCCACAAUCCCAAUACUUUGCGGUUGGCAAAAUUGGGAAGGAUCAGAUUAUAAGUUACACAGAGCGUACUGGGAGAGACAUGGAUGAAACAGAAAAAUGGCUUCGACCAAUACUAAACUAUGGUAAGAAACUCUUGGUUUAUGCUUAUUAG